AAUUAGUGCGUUUGUGGCGCACGUGACGUCCACCGAGGAGAGGAUCGGACCGAACUGGUUUAAUAUAAGAGUUGUUUCCCGGCGGACAUGUCCCUGCCGCACACACGGAGCUCCGACGCGAGCAGCCGGAGGAGGAGGCCGGCGGAACACGCACAAGAUCAUGCAGGUUAUGAUUGCGAACAGAUCCACGAUGGAGGUCAACCACUUCUUUCAGCAGACACUUGCACUUCACCUACAAAUCACUCCAAUUGUCCUGCACUGUGCACAACAAAGUGCAUAUCUGCACAUGCAUGUUCAAGCCAUAAGUCAUGUGAUGACAGCUGGGAGGAGAUUCAAAGCAAGAGAACUAUCAGAGCAGAGAACGAAGUGGAAGCCAACAAACUGGUCAAUAACUACAGGUUUGGUUUUCGAAAAUGGAAGAGCCACGUGACAGAGCGUCCCUUUGAAGACAGGUCCGAGGUCGUGAAAGAGCUCUACUCUGAACUGAACGUCAUCAAACCACAUUCAGGUCAUCUUAUCACAUGUGGAAAUGUCGUAUAUGUGUUUCUCUUCGGCUGGUGGGUCUCCCUGGCAUAUUUCCUGGUCGGAACACUUAUGUUCAUCACUCUCACUGGUGUACCGUAUGGGAAGCUUUGCUGGAAGUUGUCCCGCUUCUUCAUGUGGCCGUUCGGCAAGUCAAUCCACGAGAUUGGAAAUACACUGAGAAGAUGUUGUGAGCAAACACCAGACUGUGAGUGCAGCAUAGAUGGGUUGGAGGAAACCUCACCCAUCCUGCUGCCUUCACCCACAGAGGUGCCAGUAUCAGAGAUUCCCAGCCGACCUCAGUGCACUCCCUUCUGGCGUCGUUUCUCCACGUACGUAUGGCUGCUGCUGGGAUACCCUCCUCUGGUGGUCGUCCACUCCCUGGCCUGCUUCUUCUCCUGGGUCCUGAUCUUCACCAUCCCUGUUUCCAAGAUGAAUGCGCGGACCCUGGGUGUGAUUCUUCUCCUGCCUCCUGAGGAUGUUUCUGUUUCCUCCUGCUCCCACAGGAAGCAUCAAGCCUAUGAGACCAGAGCGCUUCUGUGCUGCUACCAUGCAGUUAAUUGGUACUACUACAAGUACACUGUCGAUGGGAUCAACGUGUUCGCUGUCAACCUCCUCCCUCUGGUUAUAGUUGCCAUAGUAAUUGGUUAUAUUGACAAGGAAAACCAGUACGCCAGCUCAGAUGUCAAAUUCGCCAUAGCAAUAUGCUCCAUCAUACCUCUGUCGUAUUACAUCGGCAUGGGCAUCGCCAGUAUCUCAGCCCAGAGUAACUUCGCCGUGGGUGCAGUUGUGAACGCCACGUUUGGCUCCAUUACCGAGUUGACCUUCUACAUCACAGCUCUGAUUAGAGGUCACCAGACAGCCAAACCUUGUCUGCAGGAGGUUGUUAAAUCGGCACUGACUGGCACGCUGCUUGGGUGCAUCCUCUUUAUUCCAGGCAUUUGCAUGAUAAUCGGAGGGCUGAGACACAGUGAACAAAGAUUCAACAGUCGCUCCACAGGCGUGAGCUCUGCCUUGCUUUUCAUCUCUGUAGGAGGUGUAUUUGCCCCCACGCUGUUCUCCAAGGCUUAUGGGAACCUGGUGUGUGAAGACUGCACCGUCUCCCCCGGACAAAACCCUCUGAGCAACAGCAGCAAACCGUUUGUCUGCCACAACUGCCACUACGAUCUGAACAAUGGUACACUGUUCCACAACCACGUUGAGCCAUUGGUGUUCACAGUGUCCAUCCUCCUGCCAGUUGCCUACAUCAUUGGUCUGAUAUUCACACUGAAGACUCACUCCCACAUCUACAACAUCCAUGUUGGAGAAGGACAGAUGACCGGCCACCAUGGGGCAGUGGUCCACUGGUCGCGGUGGAGGUCUCUGCUCAUCCUCAUCAUGGCCACCGUGCUCACGUCCGCCUGCGCUGAUCUUGCCACAGAGCACAUCCAGCCCAUACUAGACCAACCCAACAUCUCCCAGUACUUUAUUGGAGUGACAGUUCUCGCUAUGGUUCCCGAGAUCCCUGAGAUUGUUAAUGGGAUCCAGUUUGCUCUCCAAAACAACAUCAGUCUCAGCUUGGAGGUGGGAAGCUGCAUUGCUGUGCAGGUCUGCAUGCUACAGAUUCCGAUACUGGUCUUAUUUAAUGCUUUCUAUGAUGUAGGAUUUGUGCUGUUAUUCAGUGACCUGCACCUUUGGGCCAGCAUGUUCAGUGUGAUCGUAGUCAACUACAUCUUCAUGGACGGCAAGUCCGAUUAUUUUCAGGGUACGGCUCUUGUGGUCGUCUACCUCAUACUUCUGGCUCUCUAUUACUUUGCUCCAUUUCCAGCAGGUUGUUGAGAGGGGAUCCGUGGUUUUCACAAACUUUUAAUGCCCGAAAGAAACUGAACGUGCAAAUCCAAAACCACUCCAUGUUGUUUUUAUGACUCAAGGAUCACGUGGGACUAUUAAUGUUUUGUUUCUCAUGUUUUUAACUGCACAAAUAUUACUCCCACUACUGAAAAAAAACUUAAGCUAACAUACCUGCAUCCUGUACUUCUUUGUAAACUGAGGUGUAGGACAGAGAAGCAGUAUUUUUACAAUACAAAUGGAUAUGAUGUAAAGAAUCUGCACUAAUGGUAUUUUAAGGUACUGUUGUUAUACAUUUGUAUAUUUUUUAACUCCAAAAUGUAAAUAUGGUAUUUGACAGAGUUAAUGAUAUAACUUUCAUUUUUCAUUAAUUUACUUGAGGAUGACCAUGGAGCCAGUUCUCUGCUAAUGUGCUGAAAGCAUCAAUGAGUUCAAAGUGAUGAGAUCUAUGCAGCGUUUUCACUUUCACGAGAGCCAUGUGUGCAAAGAUAUCGUUAGUCAAUAAUACAGUUGAAAAUGUGGCUAUGCACAGUGUAAAACAAUGACAAUAUCUGGCAAUAUAAUAUUCUGAAAAACCAA